AUGGCUUCUUCUUCUUCUUGCAGCCGGAGAUACGACGUAUUCCCUAGCUUCAGUGGGGAAGAUGUUCGCAGAUCAUUCCUCAGCCAUAUUCUCAAGGAACUCGAUCGCAAGUCAAUCACUACAUUUAUAGAUCAUGGGAUCGAGAGAAGCUGCCCUAUCGGCCCUGAGCUUUUGUCGGCGAUAAGAGAAUCCAGGAUCUCAAUCGUCGUCUUCUCUAAAAGUUAUGCUUCUUCCAGCUGGUGCUUGAAUGAGUUGGUGGAGAUCCACAAGUGCUAUAUGGAGUUGGAUCAGAUGGUGAUUCCUAUUUUCUACGGCGUUGAUCCUUCUGAUGUUAGAAAACAGACAUGGGAGUUUGGAAAGGCCUUUGAAGAGGCAAGCAAGGGCAAAUCAGAGGAUGAGAAACAAAGGUGGAUGCGAGCUCUAGCAGAGGUAGCAAAUAUGGCCGGAGAGGAUCUUCAAAACUGGUGUAACGAAGCCAGGUUGAUUGAUAAGAUAGCCGACGAUGUUUCGAAGAAACUUAUUACACCAUCCAAUUGUUUUGGUGAUUUCGUUGGGAUCGAAGCUCAUUUAGAGGCAAUGAAUCCUUUGUUGUGCUUGGAAUCUGAGGAAGCUAGAAUGGUCGGGAUUGUAGGGCCUUCCGGGAUUGGUAAGACUACCAUAGCAAGAGCGCUUUUCAGUGAACUCUCUAACCGAUUCCACUAUCGGGCUUUCUUAGCUUAUAGGAGAACCAUUCAAGAUGACUAUGGCAUGAAGUUGUGUUGGGAAGAACAGUUUCUCUCAGAAAUUCUAUGUCAAAAGGAAUUAAAGAUAUCCUAUUUAGGUGUGGUGAAACAAAGGUUAAAACUCAAGAAAGUUCUUAUUUUUCUUGACGAUGUUGAUGAUGUAGAGCUACUCAAGACAUUGGUAGGACGAACGAAAUGGUUUGGAUCAGGGAGCAGAAUUAUUGUCAUCUCUCAAGAUAGGCAACUUCUCAAGGCUCAUGAGAUUGACCUUAUUUAUAAAGUGAAGUUCCCAUCUGAAGAUGUUGCUCUCAAGAUGUUAUGUCGAUCUGCUUUUGGGCAAAACUCUCCACCUAAUGGUUUCAUGGAACUCGCAGUUGAAGUUGCAAAGCUUGCCGGUAAUCUUCCUUUGUGUCUCAGUGUCUUGGGUUCGUCUUUAAGAGGAAGGGGCAAAGAUGAGUGGAUAAAGAUGAUGCCUAGGCUUCGAAAUGAUUUGGACGGGAAAGUUGAGAAAACAUUAAGAGUCAGCUACGAUAGGUUAGAUGGCAAAGACCAAGAGUUAUUUCUCUUCAUUGCAUUUGCACGUUUAUUUAAUGGUGUGCAAGUCAGUUACAUCAAAGACUUGCUCGGAGAUAGUGUUAACACUGGGCUUACUACGUUGGCUGAUAAGUCCCUCAUAUGUAUAACAUCGCGUGAGACUAUAGAGAUGCACAACUUGCUACAUAAGUUGGCUAGAGAAAUUUUCCGUGCAGAGUGCAUAAACAAUCCUGGGAAACGCCGGUUUCUGGUGGAUGUUGAGGACAUUCGCGAUGUAUUUACCGAUAAAACCGGCACGGAAACUGUUCUAGGAAUAUAUUUCAACGCAUUACAGCUCGAGGAACCAUUUUCAAUGGAUGAAAAAUCGUUUGAAGGCAUGCGUAAUCUCCAGUUUCUCGUAGUUAUAGACUAUGUUGGUUACUGGGUUCCACAGGGAAGAUUGCAUCUACCUCAUGGCCUCUUUUAUUUACCCCGUAAACUCAAAUUGCUCAGGUGGGAUGCUUAUCCAUCCAAGUGUUUACCUUCUAAUUUCAAGGCAGAGUGUCUCGUCGAACUCAGAAUGAGGAAUAGUUCGCUUGAGAAGCUGUGGGAAGGAACUUUGCCACUUGGAAGCCUCAAGAAGUUCAUUAUGAGUUGGUCCACGAAUUUGAAAGAACUUCCGGAUCUCUCUAAUGCCAAAAACCUCGAGGAAGUAUAUCUUGAUAGAUGCACAUCUUUGGUGACAUUUACUUCCUCGAUUCAGAAUCUCCAUAAACUGAGGGAGUUAGAUUUAGAAGGUUGCACAGCGCUAGAAAGUUUUCCAACUCUUAUCAACUUGAAGUCUCUCGAGUAUCUCAAUCUCAGAGAAUGCUUCCGGUUGAGAAAUUUCCCUCAGAUAUUUAUGCAUGGGUUUAGCCUCGAAGUAGAAGGUUGUUUCUGGAACAAUAAUCUAUGUGGACUUGAUUAUCUUGGCUGCAUUAUGAGAUGUAUUCCUUGUAAAUUUCGCCCAGAACAUCUUAUUGGUCUCACUGUGAAAAGCAACAUGCUUGAGAAGCUAUGGGAAGGCGUCCAGUGUCUUGGAAGUCUCGAAAUGAUGGAUGUGUCAAGCUGUGAAAACCUUAGAGAAAUUCCAGAUCUUUCAAUGGCCCCCAAUCUCAUGUAUUUGAGACUCAACAAUUGCAAAAGUUUGGUGACUGUUCCUUGUACAAUUGGGAAUCUCUAUAAACUGGUGGAGUUGGAAAUGGAAGAAUGCACAAUGUUGGAGGUUCUUCCAACUGAUGUCAACUUGCCAUCUCUCAGAACCCUCUAUCUCACUGGGUGCUCAAGGUUGAGAAGUUUUCCUCAGAUUUCAAGGAGUAUUGAAAGUCUCUAUCUAAAUGACACCGCCAUCGAAGAAGUCCCCUGCUGCAUAGAGAAUUUCUGGAGGCUCUCUGAACUAUUGAUGUGUGGUUGCAAGAGAUUGAAAAAUAUCUCUCCAAACGUUUUCAGAUUGAGAAGUCUUAAUCUAGUAGACUUUUCAGAUUGUGGAGAAGUCGUCACGGCACUGAGGGAUGCCAGCAUCCUGGCAACAAUGUCAAUAGAGGACCAAUUUUCUCUUAUACCAUUAUUUGAAAACACUGAAGAGCGUUACAAAGAUGGCGCAGAUAUAGACUGGGCAGGUGUUUCAAGACACAGCGAAUAUUUGAAGUUCAAUAAUUGCUUUAUACUGGAUAGAGAAGCGCGGGAACUCAUCAUACGAUCAUACACGAAGCCUACGGUCUUACCAGGUGGAGAAGUGCCUAUGUAUUUCACGCAUCGAGCUGCUAGAAAUUCCCUAACUGUUACAUUACCUCAGAGCUCUCUUUUUCAAGACUUCUUGGGAUUUAAGGCUUGCAUCGCUGUUGAACCUCCAAACAAAGCCGAAACUCCUUAUGUACAAAUGGGGUUGCGCUGGUACUUUAGAGGCACAAGCAGUGUGUAUCAUUUUAUGGUUGACGCACACUCACUUAAGAUGGAUGAGGAUCAUUUGCUUAUGUUCCACUUUGGUUUCCCUCUAGAAGAAGUCAAUCAUACUUCAUCUGAACUAGACUAUAUCCAUGUGGAGUUUGAAUAUUGCUACCACAAGGGUGCUUGUUCUUACACAUAUGGGUCUCACAGCCACUGGCAAUCUUGUCUCUUGUCGGUCAAGAUGAUAAAAGGGUGCGGUUUACGGCUCUUGAAUCUCUCCGAAUCUCCAUAUGGUGCUGCUAGAAUCCCUGAAACAAAGUACGACCAGAAGUCUGGAGAAAGUGACAGAGAGAGUGGAAGAAGCAAUAAACGAACGCGGAUGAUGGCAAGAACAUCCGAAGAACCUUCGAACUUACUAUGUGGCAAAACAGUAAGGAACACAAGAUUGAUGACUCCAUAUUUGGAGCUUUCCUUAGGGCAGGGUGAAGCUUCCGCCCAGAUGUCGUUGAGAAGUAUGAUACCAUCGUCCUCAGAUUCUUCGAGCAGCUUUCAUGGAGAUGGAGCAUUGUUGCAUCUUUCCCUUUCUCCUUCUGAACCAUGUUUCAGCGGAGAAGCUUUCUAUUUUGAUCCCAUGAUAACAGAACAACAAGACACAGAUACACCCUUUGUGGAUCAGUCUUCGUCUCCAAAGCUUAUCAACUUUUUAAGGUAA